AGUGACAAUAUAGACACGACAGGAUCACUCCAGGUUAAAUAACCCAGGUGGCUUUAUGGCCAACUGUGCGACACCGCGAUAUGGCGGGGGACAACCAGGUGAUAACUUAUAAUAAGCAAGAGCCAGGCAUGGAUUUUUCAACCUCCACUAAGGCAGACCCGCAAGUGUCAGAGCCUCCUGAAGGCCAGCGUAAGACUGCUGCUUCCGGUGAACGGGACGUGUGUAAUGAUGCAGCCACCGCAGAGAUGCAUUCUUCGCCUCCUGAUGUACGGACCUUAACGACAGAGCUGUGCAGCGCCGAGUAUACUGAUCAAAAGACAUGGGAGAACUGUGAGGACCGUUGGUUAAAGUUGUUCCAAUUGGUGGAAAAGCAAUGCCAGGACCAGAUGGCUGCCCAACAGGAACAGUUUAAUAGCCAGAUACAGGUCAUACGCGAUGAAAUUAAGAAUUUCAUUCAGUUACGUGGUGGUGAAUGUCUUUGGAAGUCUUGUACAGGGGAUGCUGUUUUAUCAAUGGCAAGUAAUGAUCCUGGGGGGCAUGGAAAGAGAGACGCCAGCUCCAGUUCAUUCUCUCUGCAUGGUGGACUUGAUAGACAACAGAAAGCUUUUCUCACACAAGAACAUUUCCAGGAGAACACAUCUUUAAGUAGUGGUUAUGGAACUCAUUCUGCUUCUGAGCCAAGUGCAUGUUUAAGCGCCUACAGUCAGAAUACCUCGACGGGGAGCAGGCUUCCUACAGCAAGCAGGACUGAAUCUGUGACGCAUCACACUUUGAUUCAGGCUCCUCUGGAAAGUGAAAGACAUUUUAUACAUGGGUCGGAAAACACAACAGAGGUUAUUACUGCGUCAGAGAAUAUAGUACCCUGUUUACCCAAUGAAAAAAAUAUGGCCAGUAAAAAUGACAGACCAAACAGCAAAUCUUUGACAACCUGGGCUCAGAAGCUCAAACAAAACCAACAGAAGAAGAAUAACCAAAUGGAUCUAGCCGCUGUCCACCAUUCUCAAGCAAAUUCUCAAGUACAGGCUGAGGCAUUGACGCUAGAUGGAACCACAGAUGGCCCGUCAAACACAUUUUACCUCAAUAAGCGCACGGCGAGCUCAAACUCCUUGGUUUCUGCUGGAUCCGGGUUUACAUACUGGUUGUUGGAUGAGAAGGAGAUGUACCAUCCUUUGCCAGACAACUUUGGAACUGGACUUUCCAAGUUUUUCACGAACAACGAGGCAAGCGAGACAAGCAUUCCAUCACUGACAGAUCUGUAUAAAAGAAAGCAAAAGGAGUCCUCCAAGUUCCCUGGCUGGGAGCCAGUCUCACCUUCUGAAUACACUCACCCGCCAGAGGUGCUGACAUUAGACCCAACUCUACACCGAAAGCCGCACCGUAGCCCACAAUUUCAUACGGGCAGAAAUCCUAGCGGAGAGAAUAGCAACGUCUCGCUAACUCCAGACUCUUUUUUGGAGAAUGCUCCUUUUAACCACUAUGAUUCAACAACUGUCUCUACAUCAGCCUCUGCUCCAUCUUUGUUGGCGGAAUCCCUGAAUAGUUUUCCGGGUAGCCCGUUGAUAGAUGAACAGCGCUGGGAAAUCGGCAGAUACCAAAAUAGAGCAAAUCACAGUUUGGAGCUCUCUCCCAGAAGCGGUGAUGAGAGAAUGCUCUGUACCGAAGAUGACGUCAACAGUUUGACACCAUCCUCAAUGCCUCAGUCCCCUCUGCCAUUUACAGACGAGACUAUGUCCGAGUCCAAUCAAGUUCAUCCUUUAACUCUGUCUAACAUCAGACGAAGUUUGAGGGAAAAACAUGCGCGGCACAUAUCCGACUUGCGUGACUACUAUGAAUCGGAAAUCAGCAACUUAAAGCAACAGAUCCUAGCCAAUAAUAGCUCUAUUCCCACCGAAGAGCACAAGAAAAUCACAAGUCUGUCUGAGAGAUGUGCCCACAUGGAAGGAGCUGUGACGGAGGCGAGCAAAAGGAUACGGAUACUUGAGAACAAGAACAAUGAACUCGAAACAUUGUUGCACGAAUGGAGAGAGCGUUGCAAGACUGCAAACGAUAAUGCCAAAGUCCUACAAGAACAAGUGGAGGGAAUGAGAACGAGUAAUAAAGAGAAGGAGAACGCAAUUAGCAGGUUGCAGUCAAAGUUAAAAGAACUGGAAGAGGCUCUUGAAAAAGCUUUCAGAGUGUCAGAUGAUAAAGGUGGAAGAAUAAAGCAAGAGCAAAAAAGGUUUCAAGAUCUUCUUUCGGAAUAUCAAUCUCUGGGAAAGGAGCACGAAAGAGUAAAAGAUACUCUCUGCAGUGCCGAAAAUAAACUUUGUGAGGCACACGAUGAAAAUAAGGAACUUAAAAGAUUGAUUUUAAAACUGGAAGCACAGAUCAAACAACUGGAACAUGAGAACACUGUGAAACUUCGCCACAUUUCUGAAAGCCAUUUAUUACAGUCCAGUGUCAAAUCCGAAAUGGUUAACGCAGUCCAUAAUCUACGUUCGCUGGAUGUGGCCAAGCGAAAAUGUCUUGCACCUGGUUCUGAGUGCUCUAUGUUCACUGGACAACCGCUAGAUAACAAGAACUGUGACGUGGAAAACACAAAGAACAACACAUACUUGCCCAACAGGUACAGUUCUCCUCCCGAUAAGAAUGCACCGUUUGAUACCUUCCCAGGAAAAGCUGUGGGGAAAGACAGUGAAAGUCAUAAAAGUCCAAUUCUAAAAGCACUGAAAGAUUUUGAAGAAGGAAAAGUAAUAAAAAGUUGGGGAACGCCAACUGAGAAACAGAACGCAGGUUUUCAAUUGCCUGGUAGGCGACAAACAAUUGGGUUCAAUGACUCUUGGAGUUCUUUUGCAUCACCAGAAAAACAAAAAGAUGGUCAUAGGCGAAUGAAUUCUCCUUCUGGCCCAAGGUCGUCAUCUGUCCCACCUUCAAACAGGAAGCCAACACCUGUCACCACUCCAACUAAGCGGGAAUUGAUGAUAAUGCCUGUCUGUGUGAAGUACAGUCCAAAACGCUCUCCAAGAGAAAACCUAUCCCCAGGCUUCAGUCAAUGUAAUGAGGAAAACCCAAUGACAAGGUUUGGUGGGGCCUGGGAUGGUCCAUCUACAUCUAAGGAUCCCAGCCCAAGGAAGAGGCUUCAGUUCAUGUCCCUGGAUGACCCAGAAGGGAUACAGAGGAGUAGAAGCGAGUCUCAGCUUCCUAUUUUAGUACCGCCAUAUGAAACAGAACUCACCUACAACGAGAGGGUGAAGAAUGUAGCAGAUGUAGAAAGACUUUUUGAUGACCUAACCGAGGAAAAGCAACAGAUAGAAGCUGCGCUGAGCCGGAUGCCUGGUGCUGGUCAUAGAUUGAGCCUGCAAAUGAGAGCAAAGAAGGAAAAAUUGGAAGACCGUCUUGAGAAAAUCAAUCGGGAUCUGGGAUCUUUGAGGAUGACCCUGAAAAAACAUCACAUCUUGCCAACUUCAGCAAACAUUUAAAGCCACCCAUGAAGGAAAAGCCCGCACAGGCUACGUUUACAGAAAUAGUCCGCUCUAGCAGUUCCGGAGCGGUGUACUUCCAAAUAAUAAUAAUACGCUUGUAUACCUUUUCCACAUAAGAGUUUCAUGGAAUU